AUGAUGGCAGGUCGAUUCAUCAUAUUCGGACUUUUUGGCAAUGCGAUUGAUGACUUGGUCCCGGAGCGCUUCAGCUCCCUUGGGAAUGUCGACUUGGACGAUACGAUCAACUUCAAUGCGCUCAAUCAAUACCUUGCUCAACAGACGCCGAAAGACGGUCCUAGAGCUCCAAACUCUAACCCGAGUACUAGCACGCAAGAAGCCGCUCCGAAUGCCGGCCACCCUUCUGGACAACUUGGUUCUGAAGCCCAGAUAAGACGAAUCGGCGAGGCUCGACUGGCGAGGACGAACGACAUCCAAUUCCUUCCGGCAAUCCAAUCCCAUCCAGCCAAAUUCUCAACAGAAGCUGUCUUGACCCCCGGCAUGACUUAUCCAGUGGUUCCUAGGACGCAUCAGACACUCAACCAAGACUCCCAUAGGGUUGAUGCGAAGGCGCAAAAUCCAAUCAACAAACUACUGCUGGAAUACAGUCAACCUUCUCGGAAUCGGAUGAACAAAGAAACGCCUGGUAUGAAUGUUAUAGAUCACAACACUCAUAUAAAGAACAGUCACGAUCCCCGACGUUUAGAGUUAUUGAAAUCUUCCCUUAAGCCCAUACCUGCUCGCAAAGAUGGUCGAACUGCAGCCAGACUCACAUCUUUGACUCGACCGCCACUUGAAAAUCAAGUGUCAACCAGUACAUCGAAUAGGGGUUUUUUGAACCAUCCGGCUUAUUAUGACAUCUACAACGCGAAGCAUAACAUGGUUGAACUAUACCAAGCGGGUCUGGAUGCUUACGCUGAGGCUUUGGAAGCAGCAAAAAAAGAUGAAUUUAUAGAAACUAUUCCCACCAGCACAACUUCAAGUUCCAAGCUUUCUCAAAAUAACGAUCCGGAUCAUCAACACCCCUCCAAAACUGCUUUACCAACAUUAAGCUUUGAUAAGGAAAUUUUCACAUACGAAGGUGUAUCCGGCAGACAUAAGAAAGGUCUAGCCCUAUUUAAGCAACUCAUUGAAGAGCAUCCUGAGAAUGAAGAUCGAUUGGUCGUACCGGAAGGCGAUAUGACACGCGUUCAGAGCCUUUUUUCUAAAUCCAAAGUUUACCAAGAAGAAAAUUAUAAUGAGCCGGCUGAGGUUCGCGAUGCAAACCAAAUGAAUGUGCGAAGGUACAGCUUCACGAAAGAGAAAAACUUAGAAAUCAUCUCAAAACAAGAUCUCUGGUACGGAUAUUGGGCAAAUCAAAUGGGCAGAAAUGUGAAAAGCUACAUAAACAAGUUCUAUUCGCCCGCAAUAACAGAAUUGUUUGCAAAUUUUUUGUUUUAUGUUGAAAUGAUUACAGUGGUCACACUCAAGCCAGAAGGCCAAACAAGAGAUGACUAUACUUCAGGAAUCAACAAAGCAUGCGAAUCAUUCUUAGAAUUUGCCAGUAUGAUUUCGACCCCAGACCAGAGAGGAGAAGGGAUUCACAGGUACAGAGUAGGUGAACAGCGUGUCCUUUGGUGGUUUCUGGAGUUCUGGUUGCAACAUCAUCACCAACGGUUUUGGGCUGGACAAUCCAUUCGAAAUAGAUCGGGCAGCUUGCAUAUCAAACUCUUUUUCAAACAAUUCUUCAACGAGAUCUUUUACUGUUCAAUUGAAAACUUCAAUAAAAGAUACAAAGAUUUGAUCAAAACUCGGCCGAUUAUUAAUCCAAAUUCUGUCUGA